GCGUGUAUCAUCGGCGCCGGAUAUACUCUGCUCUGUUUUCUUUUUUUUUAUGCAAGAAACGUGUAGCGAGCGGUUAUGCGAUCGGCGGAUAUAAUUGCACACGCUCGUCGGUCGGUGUGAUUUUUUUUUUUUGGUUCUCGAAAUUUUCGCGGUGAGAGCUCUUAUGCACCGCGGCGGAAGACGCAAAAAGACGAGACGUUGCGUCAUACGAUCCCUUCGCGGAAGCUUCGAGUGAAGAUGAUGAUUCGGUGGCCAAUUAGCUAUUCAGACGCUUUGUAGCUGUGGAUUAUUGUACCCAUUGUCAUGCGAAAAUUGCAAUUAACGCGAUAACUCGCGGCUCACUUUGUAGAACAGUCGCUCGAAACCGGAGUUCAUACGCGUGUACGAUUACAGUCGCGAGGAAGAGAAAAAACAUGCCCGCGGGAACUACUCGUUACGGCGUACACAUGCGCGCUCUUGGCUUUUUCACGCUCAUCGCCUUGAAGGGCUCUCCCCCCUUUGUGUUCCUCUCGUCAGUCGUCCUUUUAGAGUCGAGAGCCAGUGUAAACUUUAUACACGAUUCUCACGGCGACUAACGAGUUGCAACUAAUUUUUUGUUUUUUAAAUUACGUCGUAUAUAGUCGACUCGAAUUCGUAAAAUGCGCUAACAAAUUGAAUACCUUAUCGUCAAUGAAGAGGCACAUUUUUUCCCGAUGCUUCGUAAUUUUUACAACCUCGAGAUAGUCAUAAAACAAACCAUUAAUCAUCGAUUGCAAAAUCCUGUAUCGACGCGCACGUGCGCCGCGAUUUUCCCUAAUCGACUCCACUCCGACUAACGCACUACCUGCAUGCAUUAUAAAAAAAAACAUACGCACACGCGUCAACUCCUUAUCGUUAUGUCACCGCUGUUUGAUCAGAGACUUCUCCUUUUAUUGAAGUAUCCCGGCAGCAGCGAAGGCCAACCUUUCACUCUCCGCUUGAUGUGUGUAUGUACAAUUUACGCGCGGAGGGCAGCGCACAAAGAGAAAAAUUACGAUCUCAAGGUCGCGCAGCGCGCGGAGAAAAGUGCCGGUGCGAUUAUUUACAGAUCAUCGAUGGAGAUUACGCACACACAGGCUGCUAGAAAAUUUGCAUUCCGAGAAUUAUACAUCGCGCGUUUGACGCGCGCGCGCGAGAAUCGAUAAGCUCGUAUCUAUACUCGCUUUUUCGCUUAGUCACACCUGCAUGUAGAUACAGAAAGCAAUAUUCGUGAUCGCUCGUCUGAUUGGCGGAAAGAAGAGAAAACGCUCGGCGUAAAGAUAAGCGGUGGCACUGCUUGUGUAUAUAAACACUGACCGUAAGCGUCUAGUAGAAUUAAUUCAAAAUGCAGCAAGUCGACGAGCGCCUCUCGGAUGUUUACAAGGACGUCGUUGUAAUAGGCAAUGGCCCAAGCGGUAUCUGCCUGUCCUACCUUCUGGCAGGAAACUGGCCACAUUACACGGGAGCGGAUCACCCUGGCGACGAGAUGUUGACAGCCCGUCUUCGCUACAGCGUCGCCACGCAAACCCCCACGAACAACAGUCCCGAGGCGAACGACAGUCCAGAGUCGUCCUGUCCAGCCUAUAAACUUCAGAAGAGGAGCAGUGGUCCCCGCGAGAAACGCCAGAGCGACGACCCCAAUCACUGCUUGGCUCGAUUCUCGAAACCGGAGAAUCUGGAGACUCUUGCCACUGGUUUGGAGGGCAGGAACUCUGGGAAGCCCUUGUCGUUGCUGAUGGACCAGCUGCAGCAUCCUUGUCUCGAUGCCGGACUGGAUCUGCCUUCGUUGCUGGACUGGAAGAGUCAGGAGGAGCACGAGGAGCACAAAGUGGUGGACCAUGUGGUGCUGGGCAAGGGACCGCCUGGCGGAGCUUGGCAUACCUUAGAUCCAAACGUCCUGACGAUAAGUCUGAACCGAUGGAUGUCUCUGCCAGGUUUAGACCUCAGGGACUGGGAGUCGAAUCUCAGUAGCCAGGAGAGAAAGCAGAAGCUUCCCUACUUCAGCGAAAAGACGGGAAACGGCACAAAGUCGACCAGGGUACCUAUCGGUACCGUGGCCGCCUACUACAAAGAUUACGUACUCAAGCAGGGGCUUGAAAAGUAUUUUCGAUGUGGCACAGUGGUGACAUCGGUCAAACCCAUUCCAGGUGUACCGAACAGUGCGAAGGAGUAUGGAUGGUUGGUUCAGGGUUACGAGAGCGAAACUGACCAGCCCUUCGAGUACAGGUGUAAGAGGGUGGUUCUAGCCACUGGUACCACCGACUCGUCGAACCGCCUUGGAGUUUCUGGGGAGGAGACCUACAACUGGGUCACUCACGACUUCAAGGACUUCGAGAGGAAGUUGGAUCGGUUUAACAGUCCGCUAAGGACAAGCCUCCAAAUCAAUGACCAGUACGACUUGGAAGACCUAAAACCAGCUAUCGGGCCGAUCCUGAUAAUCGGCUCAGGCCUCAGUGCAGCGGACGCGAUAAUGGCAGCGCGUCUCAGAGGCAUCUCGGUGAUCCACGUCUUCAGGAACAACCCGAAUAAGCCUGACAGGAAGAAGAGCCUUGACAAGCUCCAGUGGCUACCGGCAUCCAUGUACCCGGAAUAUCACAAGGUCUACGAGAUGAUGGGAGACAGGGGCCGACACUACCCGCUGUACAAGAGUCUACCUGAUCACGUGGUUGUUGACUUCAGUGUUGGGGCGGACAAGUACACGAGGACGAAGACGAGGAUGGUGACGCUUUGUACGCCUCAGGGAAGACUUGUCUCGUACAGGGUAUCUUUUGCCGCUGUGUUCAUUGGUUCAAAGCCAGAUUUGUCCUAUCUUCAAAACAGUGGCAUCGGCCUGGGUAAGACACCCGAUAAGCCGAUAGACAGUCGUUCGAAUCAGAUCGACGUGGACGUCUUCACUUAUCAGGUGAAACGAGCCCCUAGAAAAGGACUCUACGCUGUUGGACCCCUGGCCGGCGAUAACUUCGUCCGCUUCAUCCUCGGAGGAGCUUUCGGCAUCUUCGCCAACAUUCUCAACGAGCCCGAAUGAAUACUAUAUAUAUUUACUCUGAAAUUAUCGCAAGGAUAAUUAUUAGAUCAUUAACAUAUAUACAGUGGAAUGUGAAUCGUCGCGUUAAAUGCGACGACUCUAUAGUACACCAUCUCUUCAGGAACACAUGUGUUUUGUAUGAUAUGCAUAUAUAGAUUUAGAUAUUUUGCGACAAAUUAUCCGCUCUUGAGAUAUACAUAUAUGUACUAACGAUGAUCACACGUUCUGCGAAUAUUUUUAUAUUAUACUUUUUUAAACAAGAAGACUCGUUUGUCACUAUAAGGCAUUAAUGAAGAUCACUUAAAUCACUACACUGCGUUCGAAGAGUAUUUUAACGUUAGAGAUGAUAUCGCAAGGAGAUGAAAAAUAUUUGCCUCGGUAUCUUUUUUACUCGGACCUAUAGAAUAUCAGUAUCCGACGCGAUAGGGUGUAUAUUGUGUACUUUUAGAAUAUACGCGAUUUCUACGCUGGCAUGAGAGAAUAUAUAGGCAGCUUAGAAUAUGUAUAUCACUUCCAGCCUUAUGAAAAUGACACUCAUGUUGAUAUGUUGAGCUACGUAUUUUUUAUCCGGGACACGUACUUUACGGAAGAUUUAUUAGCGCGAUAUAACGAUGAUGAUGAUGAUGAUGCAGAACAUGAUACGAGAACAACUGUAGUUAUAGAAUUACAUAAUUAUAAACAAUCUGUGAUAUGAGGUGCGUUUUCUGUAAUACACAUUUACGCGACGAAGCGUGUACGUACAUUAAAUAUCUCUUCUAGUAUAUGUCUGUAUGAAGCUGCAGCAUUGUUACUACAGAAAAAAUACUAAAAGCUUAAUCUUGUUAAAAAAAUGACUUGAUUACGUAAGCUAAUAAAUAAAUUGAGAUAUUUGUUAUAAGCGAA